GUUUCCCUACAAAAUUCAAAAACAUGUCAGAACCAGAAAAUGGCAUGCAGGAAGAACCACAAUGGCUAGAUUUAAAGCUUCCAGAUUUGCUACAUACUGAUUCAGUUCAAAAACUCCAUGCAUCAAUCCAACAUGAGUGGGAUCCUUUGAGACGAUCAGCAUGCCAAACGGCAGCUGGAAGAGCUCUGUGGAAACACGUGAUCCAUGACCCACUUGCAGACCUGCUAGCAGGAGAAACAUACCUCAGAAACCUUCACGAAAAGAUAAAGAAUGACCAGCUCAACAAUGCUCGGGAAAUUUCAGGAGUACUUCUUGCGGUUCGAACCCUCUGGUUUGAUUCAAAACUUGAAGCUGCACUCCGUUCUUUCAAUGGAGAAGCACAGGUUGUUCUUCUUGGCGCAGGAAUGGAUACAAGGGCAUACCGUCUAAGCUGCUUGAAGGACAGCAGUGUCUUUGAAGUUGAUUUUCCAGAAGUCUUAGGAAUGAAAACAACUCUUCUACAGGCAGCCAUGGAAUCAAUAGAUGAUCAGCAGCGCCCACAAAUGAUAGCAGAAUCCCUAAACAGAGUAGCAGCUGACAUCAGCAAAAAUGACUGGCUCGAAAAACUACAGAUAUCAGGGUUUGUGCCACAGAAGAACACAGUCUGGGUGCUAGAAGGUAUCCUCUACUACCUCUCCCACACCCACGCCAUGCAAGUGCUGAAGAUCAUAGCUGACAAGUGUGCCCUUGCCCACACAGUUCUCUUGGCAGAUUUCAUGAAUAAACCAUCCACCACUCUAUCGAAUUCUAUCUUCCAUUUCUAUAGUGAUUGGCCGGAUCAUCUUUUGCCAUCCAUAGGAUUUUCCAAUGUAAAGCUUUCACAGAUUGGUGAUCCCGAUGCUCAUUUUGGUCUCCUAGAUAACCCAUUAAAUCUGUUCAACAAGCUUCGUAGCUUGCCAAGAUCAGUGCAGACCUAUCCUGAUGAUGGAAAACCUUGCUGUCGGUUGUAUUUGGUGCAGGCAUCUGGUUUGCCUGAUUAAACUAAUCAAUAGAAAGAAUCAAUUGGCCAUAUUGUAUAAA